GUCGAUAAGUGCGAAAUGAAUUCUGGGCCACCUAAAAACGAAAGCCGGACGGGAAUUUGCGAAAAUUAAUUAGAUAAUAGACAAAGUGCGGGCUCAGUAGAUGUUUCCAGUCUUGCCAACGCAGGUAAUUGGCCAAAACGAAGCGCCACCAGGCCGCAAACGUCACAGGCGAGACGCCAACGCUGAAGAAGAGUGGGCAGUGUAGUGAAGGGUGGCCCAGGCGGCAGCCCAAGCCGGGGACUGGGGCGACACACACAACAAUCGGAAGCUGACGCUAAAACUAAAGCACACAUCCCUGAGGCGAGACGGAAGACAAAAACAGAAACCACAUAGUGAGGUAGCAGAGCACCGAACCGUUUUUAAUUCUUGGAUUCCGGCAGCGCUGGACGUCGCGUCGCAGUCCCCCAACGAACCCACCAACACCCACGCACGCGUCGAGCACGCAUACAUCCACACACUCGCAGGGAAUUGUGGAGAAAAAAGCUCGUCUCAUCCCGCAACCCCCCCAUGGACUAAACCGAUGAACAGCAGCAGCAGAAGCGCACUAUUGCCACAAUAAGAUACUCCCAGGCCCAGCCCAGUCCAGUCACAGAAACAGACCCAGACACAGACCCAGUUGUUAGCUGAACCCUGCAAUGGCGGAGCAGCGAUUCAUCAAGCACGAGCCGAUGGCCGUGCACCAGCAGCAUGUGCAGCACGCACAGCAUGUCCGCAAAUCAAAGCCGAACACAAUCCAGUUCUACGCUGGCACCAGUCCCAUCGUCCUCGUUAGCAAUGCCAGCGGCGGUGGCGCGGGGGCCAGGCAGGCGGCUCGCCUGGAUACGCCGACCAAAGUCAGAAACGCAGUGACAAAGCAUAUCCAGAAGCAGCUGAAUCACCACUUCAACAUCAAUGAGAGCGGUCCGGUCGCGAAACCUGCGCCCAGCCAGCAGCCCCUUGCGGAGCAGCACAACAGACCCGCACAGCCCAAUGCGGAGCAAAACGGAACGCCCAUUGCGGAGCAGCAGCUGCCGUCUGCGACAGAGGAGGCAGGAGCAAUGGGAGCCGUAGAAACCGCAACAGCAACGAAAGCGGAAGUCGAUGUGGCCACAGGAGCCAGAUUGAUGAAGCUGCGUAACAAAAGCGAAGAUGCCAUCACCGACUUGUUGACGCGCAUCCCGGACGUGGGCCACCUGUUUGACGUACAGAGCCGGAUUGGCAAUGGCACCUUCAGCACCGUGCUGCUGGCCACGCUUAAGCGUGAGGCGAAUCUGCCGGAGAGCAUGCGGCGCAAGUUCGCCAUCAAGCACCACAUACCCACCAGCCAUCCCGACCGCAUUAUGAAGGAGCUCCAGUGCAUGACCAAAAUGGGCGGAAUGGACAAUGUCGUUGGGAUCCACUGCUGCAUGCGUUGUGACGCCUCGGCUGCCUUCGUGAUGCCCUACAUGCCCCACGACCGGUUCCAUGACUUUUACACCAAGAUGGACGUGUCCGAGAUCCGUCUGUACAUGCGCAACCUGCUGGUGGCCCUGCGCCACGUCCACAAGUUCAACGUGAUCCACCGGGACGUGAAGCCGAGCAACUUCCUGUACAACCGGCGGCGCCGCGAGUUUCUUCUGGUGGACUUUGGGCUGGCCCAACAUGUCAAUCCGCCGGUCCUGGCCGCGGGCACGGCCGCAGGAGGACAGCAGGAGCAGCGCAGCCGCCACACUGCAGCUGGUGGUCCGAACAGCAAGCGCUUCAGAGACAGGGAGACGGAGGCGGCAGUGCAGACAACAGCUGCCGCUGCUGCUGCUGCUAGUGCUGCAGCGGUGGCCGCAGCCGAUGCCGGCCUGGGGGGAGCAGUGAAGCGCAUGCGGCUGAACGAGGAGGGCGGCUGGGGCAAGAUGCCGCUCAAGCCGGUCAACGAGAUUGCCCAUGGCCAGAACGAGUCGAAAGAAGUUGUCGCUCAGGCACCAGAGCAGCCACAGCUGUCCACACAGCAACAGCAGCAGCAGCAGCAGCCUGAGCAGACACCAAGCUCGGCCACGGGCACUGGCACUGGCACGGGCACAGUCGCGUGCACCGGCAGCAAGUACAACACAAACCGAAGCGCCACUGGAUCGACGAACAGCGGCAAGUGUUUCUGCUUUGCCAACCCAUCGGUGUGCCUCAACUGUCUGAUGAAGAAGGAAGUGCACGCCUCGCGGGCUGGCACGCCGGGCUACCGUCCGCCCGAGGUGCUGCUCAAGUACGCGGACCAGACCACGGCCGUGGAUGUGUGGUCCGUCGGCGUGAUCUUCCUCUCGCUCAUGUCGUCGGUGUAUCCGUUCUUCAAGGCGCCCAACGACUACAUAGCCCUGGCCGAGAUAGUCACCAUCUUCGGGGACCAGGAGAUACGCAAGACGGCCUUGGCCCUCGAGCGCAUGGUCACCCUCAGCCAGCGUUCCCGUCCGCUCAACCUGCGCAAGCUGUGCCUGCGCUUCCGCAACCGGGCCAUCUUCAGCGACGCCAAGAUGUUGAAGAAGUACGAGUCGCCCGACGGGCAGUGCGAGGUGUGCAAGAACUGCGACCAAUACUUCUUCAACUGCCUGUGCGAGGAGAGUGAAUAUCUGACCGAGCCGCUGGAGCCGUACGAGGUCUUUCCGGCCUCCGCCUACGAUCUGCUGGAGCGCCUGCUGGAGGUCAAUCCGCACAAGCGCAUCACCGCCGCCGAGGCACUGCAGCAUUCCUUCUUCAACUGCCAGGGACAGGGCCAGAACUCUCAGACGGCUGGAGCUCAGCAAGUCGCCAGUGCGCCGCGCAAGGGCCGCACCGCUGCCGCCAGGCAGAUGACGCGUCGCCGUGUCACCACCAAAUCCGUCUCAAUGGGCAUACAGCCGCUGCAGCAGCUGGAGAUUGAGCAGCAGCUGCUGUACCCCGCCAAACUGGAGGAGCUCCAGACGGUGCUCAACAAGCUCUAAGGCUCUAGUCUCGUUCCUCCCACUGUACAUUGUAUAUAGAUUUGUGCACAUCCGAAAUCAUUACCUGUACAUGCAGCAAACGUCUCAGCUGGUUGUGCGCUGCAGCACCUCAGCCCCCACGGCCACAUUUACUUACCUCAAAUUUGCAUCUCACUGGAGAAUUUGAGAAGCCAGCAGCCCAGUAGCCGUCUAUCGCAUAAUAUACUCAACUCAACUCAACUCAAAGGAAACCAAAAAGGAAAGGCAUGCAUACUAUACCACAUACACACACACACACACACACACACACACACCUACACGUAUAUAUAUAUAUAUUUUAUAGCAAAGUGUUAACCAUGAACAAUAGGAAGGAGGAAUACCAAAAAUUUUAAAAGUGAAAGAAAGAAAAGUGAAAAAAAUACUACCUAAAGGAUAUAAAAUAAAUAUAAUUUAAAGUUUAUAAGUACACACGUGCACAUGUACAUGUGGUGGCAGAGCACUUGCAUGGCUCCUCCCCCCAGUGAUCACCCGCAGCCUGCACCAUCCAUUGUCCUACUUGCAGCCCAAUGGCACUCCCACUCUCAUUUUGGAUGGCGAUGGAUGUGGCUUGAGAAGUCCGUGCUACUGCAGGCACACAUUAUUGUACCCAUUUUUUGUUGUUGUGUUGCAUAGUUCGAAUAAUUAUAGAUUACCCACCCCAUCUAUGUAUAUCCACAAGUAUCCUCAUGAACGGGAAACAAACAUAAAUAUGUACAUAUAGAGUAUAUACAGAAAGAGAAAAAUAUAUUUAUACGAUGCGAUUGUAA